UUUAGCGAUGUAUGUGGCAUGGUGCUCAGACAUGACAGCCUCAAACUGUUACGCUAGUUGUUUGUAGUAAACCCCAGGCGGUCGCCCAUCGUUCUCAGACAUUGAAUGUGACAAGUCUGUUGAUCUGUCCUUUGACUGAUCCAAGGCUGCACUGAUCUGUUCUUGGAAUGUUUCUGUCGGUACUUGCGGUCGGCAGGGUGGUUUUAUAGCUAUCUUAUUUCAAAGGUGUGUCGGGCCGGGCCGGACGCGAGCCGCCAUGCCAGAGACAAGUAGUGCCAGCGUGGUGAAGAUCGCCGUGCGGAUGGAUGGCAAGCAGCCGAUCCUGACUGAGGUCGACCUCAGCCAGCCGCUGCAUAAGCACAUCCUGGACCUGGCCAACUCCUGGGGCCUGGCCGAGCCCAAGCAGUACGCGCUCAAGUUCACCGACAGCGAGGAGCGCUACAUCACAGAGAAAAACAAGCUGGAGGUGCGCAAUGGCUGGGUUCUGUUCCUGGACGUGUCGCCAGCGCGCGCCACGGCCACCAUCCUGCAGCAGCUGAAGUCGGAGGAGGCCGCGGAAGGACUGGAGACGCUGUGCCGGCUCAGCCCGGACCCCACGUUCGCGGCCGAGUUUAUCUGCGAGGGUGGCCUCCAGCUGCUGAUCGGUGGCAUUGAGGCUGACCAAUACGGUGACGCGGCGCUGCCCAACGCGCUAACCAGCUUCCUCGAGCUGAUGGAGCACGGCAUCGUGCUCUGGGAGGUGCUGGAGGCGCGCUUUGUGUCGCGCGUGGCCGCCGUGGUAAACCGGCUGGCGGCUGACGGCGCCACGGCGCGCGGCGCGGACCGCACCAGCCGCGUCGGCGAUCGUUCCAGCCAGAUCAACCUGCAAACGCGGCCCAGCCUGCUCAAUGAGCAGCUGAAGAAGGCGCUCCGCGCUGCGCUUUCCAUUCUGGACAGCGUGAUCGUGAACGUGCCGACCCGGCACGAACUGAUCAGCGGGGAGGUGGAGAUGUACCACCUGAUUACGCACCUGCAGCGCGCCGACGCCAUCGUCCAGCAGAACUCGCUGGCGCUCAUCAAUGCGCUGUUCGCUCGUGCUGAUGGCCGCAGAAAAGAGGAGUACACCAUCAGCCUAAACUCCAAGAGCUUUCGCAAUGUCAUCCAGACGUACGUCAUCAACGUGAAGAGCAGUCAAGAUAUGGGCCAGGAGAUCGCCCACCAGCUGUACGUGCUGCAGACGCUCAACCUGAACCUGCUGGAGGGGCGCAUGCGCAGUGCCGUCAACCCGCAGGACCCGGAGGUGCUGGAGAAGAUCAAGCAGUUGCGGAAGCUGGCGCUGGACGAUGAGAGCAAGGGUUCGGCCGGGCGCAAGCCGGGCAGCUUCGCGAAGGACUACCAGCAGCUGGGCUUCCAGGACGGCAUCAACCCGGCGCACGACUUCAGCGAGACGCCGCCGGGCGUGCUGGCGCUCGACUGCAUGCUGUAUCUGGCGCAGUCACACGCCGAGCUGUACACGCGACUGGUGCUGGAGAACUCGUGUGGCUCCGACCACGAGUGCCCGUUCGGCCGCACCAGCAUCCGCUUGACGGCGCUGUUGUGUCGCAUUCUCAAGGUGGGCGAGCCGCCGUCCGACCAGGGCAGCGUCUUCUACCCCAUGUUCUUCUUCCAGGAAAAUCCGUUUGAGGAAUUCUUCUGCAUAUGCAUCAACCUGCUCAACAAGACCUGGAAGGAGAUGCGCGCCACUACUGAGGACUUCGACAAGGUGAUGUCGGUGGUGAAGGAGCAGAUCACGCGUGCGCUGCACGGCCGCCAGAAGCUGGCCGAGGGUGGCGGGGGUAAGCUGGAGGCGCAGACGCGGCCCGACCCGCCCUCCACCCUGGAUGAGUUCCGCACUCGCCUCAACAACCUCACCUACUCCCAGAUCAACACCAUCUGGCAGCAGGAGCAGAACACCAAGGAGGAGUGGGAGAGCCAGGCGCGUCCGAUCGUGGAGUUGCGAGAGCAGGUGACGCCGGACAUGCUGGAGCUGGUGCAGAUGCAGCGGCUGCAGUACCUGGUUGAGGGCACCCGCUUCACCAAAUACACAUCGCGUGGACAGCGCGCCAAGGACAAGUUCUGGGUGGUGCGUUUGUCGCCCAACCACAAGCUGCUGCACUACGGCGACUGCAGCGAGCAGGCGGCGCCGUCGCUGGACGAGCUGGCCAACAAGCUGGCCGUGCAGGAGGUGCGCGCGCUCGUCACCGGCCGCGACUGCCCGCACAUGAAGGACAAGGGCAAGAAGUCGACGUUCCAGUUGGCGUUCUCGCUGCUGCUCGACUCGCCUGAUGGCGGCUCUCUUGACUUCGUCGCACCCGACGAGAAGACGUUCGACUACUGGACGGAUGGCAUCAACGCCCUGCUCGGUAAGCCGAUGACCUCUGAAGAGGCCGGCCGUGAUCUGGACAUGCUGCUGGCCAUGGAGAUCAAGCUGCGCCUGCUGGACACGGACGGACUGGAGAUCCCGCAGCAGCCGCCGCCCAUUCCGCCCGACCCGCCCAACUACGACUUCUGCUGUGACUGACCUGCCGCACGCGGCGAGCAGCGGCGGCCACCGCGCACCCGAGGCCGGGCCCGGCCGGCCAGGGCGCUUACCGCCCGUGCUUCUCUGUAUUUUAAAGCGCAUCGUUUCGACGGAAUGAACGUUGUUUUGCCCCGGCAUGCAGAGUAACCGAGCGGAACAGGCGCGUUGGGCGCCGCUCUACCAUACGGAUCUCGCUUACUUGGCCGCGGCAUCAGACGCCACUGUCGACCGUAAGGCUCAUAGCUCAAAGCUCUCUGGGUGCCGCUUCGCGAGCCUGUGGUCGGCAGGCCGUUGCCUUUGCUCGGAGCAAGGCGAGCUAUUUUGUGUUCGACGUACUCGCCGCGCCAUCCGCCCGCCGCCGUCCGGCACCUCUGGCAGACCGGACGGGCGCGCGCCAGCCAUCCGCCCGCCCCUGCCCGGCGCCUCUGGCAGACCGGACGGGCGUGUGCCAGCCUUGUUCGUGCCGGGCUUUCGAUCCGUUCUUGCAGGUCACAGCAUGCCAAAGCUUGUUUGUUUUACGCAGGUCUGGCGCCGUUUUCUGGCGCUAUAGGACGCUUACAGGCAGUUGUGAGUACAGUUUGACCAGUGGUCGGUCCUCAGCACAUACGUACUGAUUGUCAAUGUACUGCUCUGUGGGCCGUCGUGACAUGCACGGCAAGCAGCAGUUAUGGGAGUGAGGGACACCGUCUACCGGCUAGAGACGGUGGUGGUCUCAAUGUCAAGCGAGUGGUGAUUGUCUCGUCCCGCUGCUGUACCCGCGUCGAGCACUGCGCGCAUCGUAAGUUUUCAUUGCAUGUGCUUUUCAGCUCUAUGUCACGUGCCUGAGAAGAAGUGAAUUUCGCCAACGGAGUGAUGGAAAAGCAGUUCCUUGCUACCAUAUGUACGUUUUUAUAUGGACGGAUGUGUACCAUUAUUAGUCCAGGCAUUGCAUAUUUGACUAUAUUCUUAAAUAGACACCGACAGAGAAUCCGAUGUGUGUCAGGGGCAGUGCGACACGCCGGACUCCGUUCAACAUAUCGGAAGGGCAUCGCACGCGCGUAGGCAGCUGGCUGGCGAAUGCGUCGCAUUCCGGGGAUCUCGUGGCACCACCACAGCAUAGCAAGGAUCCCAAACCAAUGAAAACCGAAAGGCGCCACGACACGACUGGUAACGUUCGGGGCAAUGGGAUCCUCCGCGUUUUUGGAGUCGCGACAGCAGACUAGCAGUUGACCAGGGCUGCGGCGACAGCGGCUGGGUUUCUGGACGCCGCCGGAUGGAUCGGCUCCCGCUCGCGGACCGCCCUAGGAGUGUCAGCUGGCGCCACGUGCCGUCAGCCUCGGACGCCUGGACGGAGAGCGCGGCAGGGAUCUGCAGCGGGGCACCGGCUGGGGCCGUCCCGCGGCGUCCGCUGGGGUCUGCAGCGGGGCACCGGCUGGAGCCAUC